CGCCUCUGGCGCGCGGACUAGCGGGUGUGGUCGGGGCCGCUCGCUCCGCCCUCCGUCUCCGGGCGGCCUCCUGAAAAAGGCUCUGCAAGGCCCCGAGCUCCGUACAGCGGGGCUUGGAGGGCAGAGGGAAGAGCGGAACCUCGGCUCCGUGACGGAGGCCCUGCACACGCCCUCGCGCGACCGUGGCGUCAGGCGUGGCCGGCGCGCGAUUGGCCGCGAAGCAUGUGGCGCGCUCUGGCGCGGGCCCUGAAGGUUGGGCGCGCGGCCCGAGGGGGCGGGCCCCAGGCCUGGGGGCGGGGCCUGCGGGAGCAAAACGCGGCGGAGCGGUGGUACGCAGAGGGCAGCAGCCUGAGGGUCACGGGCCGGGUCCGGCGGGCUGCCAGCAUGCCGGAGAUUGACAUGGACAAGCUGGACGCGCAGCAGGUGCAGCUGCUGGCGGAGAUGUGCAUCCUCAUCGAUGAAGAGGACCGUCGGAUCGGGGCGGAGACCAAGCGGAACUGCCACCUGAACGAGAACAUCGACAGAGGGUUAUUACAUCGAGCUUUCAGCGUCUUCUUAUUCAACACGGAAAAUAAGCUCCUGCUGCAGCAGAGGUCAGAUGCUAAAAUCACCUUUCCAGGUUGUUUUACCAACACUUGCUGUAGUCAUCCGUUAAGUAAUCCCCGAGAGCUGGAAGAAAAAGAGGCCAUUGGAGUAAGACGAGCGGCACAGAGGCGAUUAAAGGCUGAAUUAGGAAUUCCCAUGGAAGAGGUUCCUCCAGAAGAAAUUAAUUACCUAACACGAAUUCACUACAAGGCUCAGUCAGAUGGUAUCUGGGGGGAACAUGAAAUUGAUUACAUUCUGUUUGUGAGGAAGAACGUAACUUUGAAUCCAGAUCCCAAUGAGAUUAAGAGCUACUGUUAUGUGACAAAGGAAGAGCUAAGAGAACUUCUGAAAAACGCAGCCCGUGGUGAAAUUAAGUUAACUCCGUGGUUUCAGAUUAUUGCCAAUGAUUUCCUCUUUAAAUGGUGGGAUAAUUUAAAUCAUUUGAAUCAGUUUGUUGACCAUAAAAUACAUAGAAUGUGAAUGUGAAAAUGAAUGGUUAGUAAAAUACUGAGAAAUUUCUCCACUUAGUAAACUUAACAUAAUUCUUUAAAAAUUUGGUUCCCCAUAAGAAUUCGUCACUUGAAACAUUGAUAAUUUACAACCAGUAUUUGUAUGGAAAAUACAACCAGCUUGUUAAUUUUAUAUCACACACCCCAUAUGUGUGCACCGCUAUUUGUAAAAGACAUCUGUGAGAGGUUAUUGUAAUAUCAGGGGCAAAUUAAUGUUACCUGUCUAAUCACAUGGUCCUAACAAACUCCAAAAAAUAAAUGAAGCUCUUCAUUUUCGGUGUGUUGUGAUAAAUACUAUCAGCACACUUGUAGAGAACUUUGCUCUUUACCAAAUGCUUUAUAAAUCAUUACAUUUUUAUCAUAGUCUAGAAGAAUGUGCAGUGCGAGCUAUUUGCUUAGCUACUUCAAAAUAGUCCAAAUUAACUUUCCAUAUGAGCAGAUUAAACGUAGAGCAGGUUCAAGGGAAAUUAAAUGGUAUAUAUCCUGAUUUCUGUCAUUCUAAGCUGAUUUUGUGGUUUAAUCAUGCUGGAAGUACCUUGAUACCAAAAGUCAGACUUCGCUUUUGGUAAUGAUACUGGUCGGGUUAAAUCUUUUAAAUAGGUUUUGCUAGUUAGUAACGUGUGCUUUCCAAAUGACAGUGGACAGGCAGGUUCUUUGUAAAAUGGAAAUUGAGUCAAUUGGGUGAUACUCUACAACAGGAUUUCUUAACCUUGACACUGUUGACAUUUGGGUUGGAUAAUUCUUUGUUGUGAGAAUUCAUCCUGUGUGUUGUAGGAUGUGUAGCAGCAUCCCUGGGUUCUACCCACUCAAAGCCAUUAACACCCCUCCCCCUGUGACAGUCACGGUGACACCAGAUGCCAAAUGGCUCCUGGAGGUCACAGGCGCCCCCAGUUGAAAUCCAGUGUUCUACAAAGUCAGGCCAUAUUGUAGGGAGAAAGAUUAUAGUCCAUGUUAUAGAUUUGGGUUAUGGAAUAUGUGUAUAUUCAUAUUUAAAUUGUACCUUGACUAAUGCACUUUCUAAAAGUCUUGCCCUAGAUUUCUCAGAUCUGAAGUCUUAAGACAGCCGUAUUAUCCUCGAAUGUUGUAUAAUAAAUAAUGAAGAAAAAGAAACUAUUUAACAAAUGUUCUGUAAAUUCAGUAGAAAAAUUCAUUUCUUGUUAACACUGAACAGUUGACUUAAAACUUCAGGAAAGACUGGUGUCAAGUAUUAAUUUUUCUGAAAAGCAAAAACAAUAAAAAGAAUUACCACAUUUUAA